GGUAACCUAAUGUUGGACCCUUGUCUUUAACCCUUUCUCCUUCUUCCCAAAAACUGAUAAUUCCUUUAGAAAAAGCAUCUUAGUCUUAUUCUUUCUCUCUUUAAAGAAAGAUAGAAAGAAGCCUAGCUAGUUUGAAAGAGACUAAUUAAUAUUUACACUUAGCUAGCCACCACCAUAGCUUAUAUGCUUGUUUAGAUCAUUCAUAAUCUUACCUUAUUUUGUACCUUUUAAUUUGUAUUAAGAAGAAAAAAGAAGAAUGGGAAGGCCACCAUGUUGUGAUAAAAUAGGGGUGAAGAAAGGUCCUUGGACUCCUGAAGAAGAUAUAAUUUUAGUCUCUUAUAUUCAAGAACAUGGUCCUGGUAAUUGGAGAGCUGUUCCUACUAAUACUGGAUUACGUAGAUGCAGUAAGAGUUGCAGGCUUAGAUGGACUAAUUAUCUUCGUCCUGGUAUUAAGAGAGGCAAUUUUACUGAGAAAGAGGAAAAAAUGAUUAUCCACCUUCAAGCUCUUUUGGGCAAUAGGUGGGCUGCCAUAGCAUCAUAUCUCCCACAAAGAACAGACAAUGAUAUAAAGAAUUACUGGAAUACCCAUCUCAAAAAGAAGCUAAAGAAGCUUGAAGAAGGGCAAGAUGGUCAAAACACAUCUUCCCAAGAAGGGUUUUCUUCAAACUCAACUUCUUCAACCUCUUCUUCUCAUAACUCCAAUAAAGGACAAUGGGAAAGAAGGCUUCAAACUGAUAUCAAUAUGGCCAAACAAGCCCUUUGUGAAGCCUUAUCAAUUGAAAAACCAGAUCUUGUACCGGGCCCUAGUCCGGGCCCAAGCCUGAACCCAAACCCGGCCCUAUAUGCAUCAAGUGCAGAAAACAUAGCCCGAUUGCUAGAAAACUGGAUGACCCGAAAGCCCAAUUCAAAUGGGUCAUUUUCUUCAACCCUACAAUCAACUCAAAAUAAUAAUAGUAGUAAUAAGAAAUGGAAUUGUUCAGAUAAUAAUGAAUUUAAGUCACUAUUAAGCUUCAACUCGAAUUCGAACUCGAACUCGAACUCAAACUCGUCUAUAACCACCACCGACGCCUCGCUGCAGUCAGCGUCGAUGGCGGCUGCUGAGGCGGAGGAGCAGAAAUUGCCAUUGUCUCUCUUAGAGAAAUGGUUGUUUGAAGAUGGUGUUAUUAAUCAAGAUCAAGUAAACAUGAUGGAUAUGUCUUUGGAUGCUGAAAAUGCUGAUGAUCUCUUUUAGACGGGUUGAUUUUGAAGGUUAAGUGGCUUAAUUGUUAGUGUUUUGAUUAAGAUUAAAUUAAGUUAAAUAUUGCUAAUGCAAAAAAAUGUGAUCAAACAAGUGUAAAUUUAAGAUAAUUAUAUUAUUAUUAGUGUAGUUAAUAGUUUGCAGUUAUGAUAUCAUUAUAUGAUAUCUGAUAGAUAUCCGAUAGAGUAUAUAAUAUGUCAUGAGAUUUCAACCAUUAAAAUAAAUUUUGGUUGAGAUGAUUUUAUGAGAUAAUAUCUACUCUAUGAAUAACCAUGCAUGAUCAACAACAAAAUGUAAUAUACAAAUAUAAAAUGAUGUCUAUUAUGUCUUUUGAGAUAAAAAUAAGAGUAUUUAAUGUAAUGUUUCUUCUA